AUGAGACAGUGUGCUGAUGGAGCAAGGGGUGACGAUACGACACGGCUCAAAGUUGUUGUUGCCUCGUGGUUGAUGCAACAAACCCCACAUCCGACCCCCAUCAUCCAUGGGCAGAACAAAUUGGGUUGCGGAUUUAAUAAUGAUGCAACUGGAUGGCUCAUAUGCCCUGUCGAUUACGACUGGAAUGAUCCAGUCGUCCAACAAAACAUCAGGGAUUAUCACCCUGAUUAUCGUGUUACGGCUCACUCAUGGCCUUCUUUUUUAUAUAAGGACGAAACAUAUGACCCACUGAAACCUACAGAUGGUUUAUUCAAAGGGCAAUUCCUUUUAAAGACAUUCAAAUACAUCUUCACGUCUCCCACUUCUGCAGAGAUGGACGAGCAAGAGCAGCUCAGCCCGGAAGUACUUUCCAUGCAGGGUCGUCCAAAGCAGCGAAGGACUGAUGGCGAACACCGCACUCAUUCCAAUGUGGCUGGGUUGCUGAACAUGAAAUCAGUCCAACCAAGGUCGAUUGCAUAUGCAGCUGUGCAGCUUAGGUUUGCUUUGUCUAGCACGGGAUCAUGGCAUAUUGUAGAUGACGAGUUCAACCAUCAAGAGUUCUACGACAAUAUCGUUGACUUCCUUGAGCUUGCUGUGACAUCAGACGCAGCUAAGGAAGUAGAAGACCUCUUACUUUGGUGGAACCAGUGA